AUGGCGGGCCGCGGGUUUGCCGACAGCAUUUGGCCUGAGGCGGACGCCGAUAGAGCGGGCACCGCGGACUUGUGUGAUGUGUUUGUCCCCGAGCCGGUGGAUCAGAUCACUACCCGCAAGGUCCAGAUCGCGCACGCGGGCGUCUUCCGGGACUUUGGCGGCCGCCUGAAGUUCUCCGGGCAGGCCAGCACCGUGUCCUGCUUCGAGAACAACCCCCUCGUGCGCAAGGCCCUGGAGGAGCCCGGCGCCGGCCGCGUGCUGGUCGUCGACGCGGGCGGCUCCAAGCGCUGCGCCGUGCUGGGGGACAACUUGGCGGAGUCGGCGCAGCGCAAUGGCUGGAGCGGCAUCAUCGUGCACGGCUGCAUACGGGACUCUGAGGCCAUCGGCAAGCUGCCCAACCUGGGUGUGAAGGCACUUGCAACACACCCCCUGAAAUCGAGCAAGCGCGACCCGGGGCUCAGGGACGUCCCCGUGACCUUUGCGGGCGUCUCGAUCAAGCCUGGCGAUUGGGUGUAUGCAGAUGCCGACGGCAUCCUGGUGUCGCCCACGCCGCUCAAGCUCUAA